GUAAGGUUCAGAGGCGACUUUUUUUGUUAUCUGGGACAGAAGUAUGCAGCAAUGUGUUAGCCGACCGGCCCAGUUUAGGAGGUAUCUUCCGAUUCUUAGAAAUUGUGCGUAUAUUCAUCAAGGUUUGGGCGCAGCAGACUCGCAACGGCCCGGCACCUCAGCAUGACCGACCCCGCAGUGAAGAGGGUGGUGAGCGACAUCAUCCGCUCCCCCGAGGACAAGAGGGUCUACAGGGGGCUGGAGUUCACCAAUGGCCUGAAGGCCGUCCUCAUCAGUGACCCCACCACAGACAAAUCCUCAGCCGCACUCGAUGUCCACAUAGGUUCCCUCUCGGACCCACCCAACAUCUCGGGACUGGCCCACUUCUGCGAGCACAUGCUGUUCUUGGGCACGGAGAAGUACCCCAAGGAGAAUGAGUACAGCCAGUUUCUCAGCGAGCACGCCGGCAGCUCCAACGCCUUCACCAGCGGGGAGCACACAAACUACUACUUCGACGUGUCCCACGAGCACCUGCAGGGGGCGCUGGACAGAUUUGCACAGUUUUUCCUCUGCCCACUGUUUGACGAAAGCUGCAAGGACCGGGAGGUGAAUGCUGUCGACUCUGAGCACGAAAAAAACCUGAUGAAUGAUGCCUGGAGGCUCUUCCAGCUGGAGAAGGCCACUGGGAACCCCAACCAUCCCUUCAGCAAAUUUGGGACAGGAAAUAAGUUGACUCUCGAGACCAGGCCAACGAAAGAGGGGAUUGAUGUUCGUCAGGAGCUGCUCAAAUUCCACUCAACAUAUUACUCAUCCAACCUGAUGGGACUGUGUGUUCUGGGCAGAGAGUCCCUAGAUGAGCUGACCUCCAUGGUAGUCAAACUGUUUGGCGAGGUGGAGAACAAGACUGUCCCCAUCCCAGAGUUCCCCGAGCACCCGUUCCAGGAAGAGCACCUCAGGCAAUUUUACAAAGUGGUGCCUAUCAAGGAUAUCAGGAACCUAUACGUCACCUUCCCCAUCCCAGACCUGCAGAAGUACUACAAAUCCAAUCCAGGCCACUAUCUGGGCCAUCUGAUUGGCCAUGAGGGCCCAGGAAGUCUACUGUCCGAGCUGAAGGCCAAAGGCUGGGUAAACACACUGGUUGGAGGUCAGAAGGAGGGAGCCAGGGGAUUCAUGUUCUUUAUCAUCAACGUGGAUCUGACCGAAGAAGGACUCUUGCACGUUGAAGACAUCAUCCUCCACAUGUUCCAGUACAUCCAGAAACUACGGACUGAAGGUCCACAGGAGUGGGUCUUCCAGGAGUGUAAGGACUUGAACACAGUGGCCUUCCGUUUUAAAGACAAGGAGAGACCUCGUGGAUACACCUCUAAAGUGGCCGGUUUACUGCAUUACUACCCCCUGGAGGAGGUACUGGCGGCAGAGUAUUUGCUGGAGGACUUCAGGCCGGACCUGAUUGAGAUGGUGCUGGAGAAGCUGAGGCCAGAGAAUGUCAGAGUCGCAGUAGUCUCAAAGUCAUUUGAAGGACAGACAGAGAAGACGGAAGAAUGGUACGGCACGCAGUACAAGCAGGAGGCCAUUUCUGAUGAGGUCAUCAAGAAAUGGCAAAACGCAGACCUGAAUGGCAAGUUUAAACUGCCCAUGAGGAAUGAGUUCAUCCCCACCAACUUUGAGAUCUACCCUCUGGAGAAAGAGUCUCCAUCCUUUCCCACCCUCAUAAAGGACACAGCCAUGAGCAAAGUGUGGUUCAAACAGGACGACAAAUUUUUCCUGCCCAAAGCCUGCCUGAACUUUGAGUUCUUCAGCCCGUUUGCUUAUGUGGACCCAUUGCAUUGUAACAUGGCCUAUUUGUACCUUGAGCUGCUCAAGGACUCCCUGAACGAAUAUGCAUAUGCAGCCGAGCUAGCUGGCUUGAACUAUGACCUGCAAAAUACCAUCUAUGGGAUGUAUUUGUCUGUGAAGGGCUACAAUGACAAACAGCAUAUCCUGCUGAAGAAGAUCAUUGAGAAAAUGGCCACCUUCGAGAUAGAUGAGAAACGCUUCGACAUCAUCAAAGAAGCGUAUAUGAGAUCACUGAACAACUUCCGGGCGGAGCAGCCACACCAGCACGCUAUGUACUACCUGCGUCUGCUGAUGACCGAGGUGGCCUGGACUAAGGACGAGCUGAAGGAAGCACUGGAUGAUGUCACUCUCCCUCGCCUCAAGGCCUUCAUACCUCAGUUGUUGUCACGGUUACACAUCGAAGCCCUUAUCCAUGGCAAUAUCACCAAACAGUCUGCUCUCGGUAUGAUGCAGAUGGUCGAGGACACGCUCAUCGAGCACGCCCACACCAAGCCCCUCCUCCCGAGCCAGCUCAUUCGCUACAGGGAGGUGCAGGUCCCUGAUGGGGGUUGGUAUGUUUACCAGCAAAGGAAUGAGGUUCACAACAACUGUGGCAUUGAGAUCUACUACCAGACAGACAUGCAGAAUACCCACGACAACAUGUUGCUGGAGCUCUUCUGCCAGAUCAUAUCUGAGCCCUGUUUCAACACACUGCGCACCAAAGAGCAGCUGGGUUACAUCGUGUUCAGCGGGCCGCGGCGGGCCAAUGGCGUGCAGGGCCUGCGCUUCAUCAUCCAAUCGGAGAAGGCGCCCCACUACCUGGAGAGCCGGGUGGAGGCCUUCCUGUGGACGAUGGAGAAGUGCGUGGAGGAGAUGAGCGACGAGGCUUUCCAGAAGCACGUCCAGGCCCUGGCCAUCCGCCGCCUGGACAAGCCCAAGAAGCUGGCCGCCGAGUGCGCCAAAUACUGGGGCGAGAUCAUCUCCCAGCAGUACAACUUCGACAGAGAUAAUAUUGAAGUAGCCUAUCUGAAGACGUUGACGAAGGAAAACAUAAUGCAGUUUUACAGGGAUCUGCUGGCUGUGGACGCCCCGAAGAGACACAAAGUGUCCGUCCACGUGCUGUCCCGUGAAAUGGACUCAUGCCCUGUAGUGGGGGAGUUCCCGUGCCAAAAUGAUGUCAACCUAGCCCCCGCCCCCUCCCUGCCUCAGCCCAUACUGGUGCAGGACAUGACCGAGUUCAAGAGGAGUCUGCCCCUCUUCCCACUGGCCAAGCCGCACAUCAACUUCAUGGCUGCCAAACUGUGAGAGGCCGAGCCACAGACAAGGGGGGCCCCGCCCCGCGGCAACUGGAACCCUGUGGA